AUGGAAAAAACUAAAGUGCGCAAAGGGCCGCUGCCUGGAGGUCGCCAGGGCGCGUCUGGAGCUGGCGCUGGACGCGACAGCAUGCGGGCCGCCAGCCGAGCGCGAGGUGUUGCAAGACCACCUAGCAGCCCCCCGCAUCCAUCAUUCCCACCAGAAGGCUUGGUGUCGGCUGGGUCUUCUCGGACUCAGCAAGCGGCACCCGCCGCUGGUGGAGCACGUCGCAUGCGUUGGUCACAAUUAAUGAACGCAAACGCACUGCGGGCGUACUUUAGGGCAAAAGGGGAAGAAACUGGAUGUUUGGCGUAUCGGGCUCGGAUGCAUCGCUUUUUUGCAGAGCUGGAGCCAUCUCUAUCCGUCACUGAGCAAAACCUGGCAGACCGAGUUCGGUAUAUCCUGCGCUCCAACAUAUUUGAUGACGCCGAACUCGAACGACUACGACGUGAGGCUAUUCCUUCAUCGAAUGGAAAUGCUACGGCUGGGAAUGCGGCGCCACUUGAUGUGCAACAAACUGCAUAUGUGGAUGCUGCCGCCAAAAUCCAUUUGUGGCUAAUUCAGACGAUGAUGGACUCCCACGAACUAGAGAAAAUGAAAAGCAUAUUGGAAGAGUCGAUGAUGGAAACGCGCAGCAUGCCUCUCGAAAAUCGACCGCGACUUCCCCGCAUACCCCUUAGCAAGCGAAAUCGGGCUGUCGUGCGGGCUCUUAACCCAAUGCUGGUGACCUAUUUGGAAGCCAGCCGGGACCUUUGCGAGACGAACUCAAUUCUUUUUGGCGCCGCACUGGCAGUAUGCCGUAUUAUUGGCGCCAAACUUCCGGUGGCUGGACGUGCUACUCAAAAAAGUAGCGCCAUCCCAGCUUGGAGAAAAAGAAUUGAGGACCGUAUCGCAAAGGCAAGGGCCCUUAUCAGCAGACUGACAAGCUUCAGGUCAGGUAAUAAUAGACCGAGAGUUGUGCGCACCGUUAGAAUGGCGUUUGCUGGGACAAAUAUUAGUUUGUCCCAGCCGGAUAUCACACAGAAACUAACGGAGCGCAUAGAUGACCUAAAGCAAAAAAUCGCUGCUUUAGGGAAGCGGAUUCGACGAUUUAGCGAGAGGUAA